AUGGUUGGCCCCGCAGGGGCUGAACUUGAUGCGGACGAGCUGGCGGCGCUUUGCCUUGAAAUGGGGGAAUGGAAGCCCAUUGAACCCCUUUUCGGAGGAGGGCGAGCAUCACCUGCAAUUGUGGAAAUGGUCUUCGAGUCACUAACUGCGGCGCCUCCUCACGAAGCUCCCACAUCUGGGUUGAACGCCUAUGGGAUUUUCCAGACACACGGGUUUCCCAUCAUAAACGGGCAUGUGCAAGGAAGUGACGAGGCUUUUUCUAGUGAUGAUGAUGUGGAUUCUGGCAGUCCUGGCCAAGACUUAUGUUUAUAUCAACAUCAUAUGAAUAUUCUGUCCAUGCCCCCAGAGACUUUGGGAAGUUCACAUACAGUCCCGCAGAGUCAGUCGGAAAACAGCUUACCACUGCUAGCGCAGCGUCCAACGGGACAGGGCUCUAAACCACAGAGGCGACACAGUGAGAACUGCUGUCAGAUGUCUACAAGGAAUGGCACAGCUACGGGCGGAGCAGCUCACCCACCCCUUCGUCAGUCAUGUAGCGACCCCACGACAGCUAAACCGAGAAGUUACUUGCAAUCCGUAGAAGAGGAGGCUUCGUCUUCAUCAUCAAGGGGAAGCAGGGUGCAUGGCGAGAUACCCCUAGGUGUCAGUCCACGCAAUGAACAUCCUUUUGUCCGCCUUCCUUUGUUGGAGCCAGGAGCAGCCGAUGAUUUGCCAGAUUUGAGGGCGCUAAACCUACGAGGAAGAUGCCCGCUUCUUGCUCACUCCCUCAAGAUCGUCCGAAGCUUUCUAAUGAAGCCUAUUCUCAACAAAGUAGAGGUGGUCGAACUCUUGAAGUGCGAGGCAACCAUGUUGCGGCAAGCAGCACGUCUCAUAACAUUAUCUGUCGAACAUUUGAGCCCGUCUGCUGCAGUUGAAAUUUUGGGACGUCGUUUCUUAGUCUUCCAGGCGCUGCACUCAGUUGCGAAACUUUUAGGAAGCCAUGUGGCUAAUAAUGCAUGGUACAAAUCGGUCUUUGCCCUUCUGCCAUCAAAUUACGGCAAACGGCUCGGCCAAAAUAUUGCACGCUGGUCUCAACGUUAUGUUAUUUUGUCAAAAGAUUUGAUUAGCGCAAUGGAGCUGUACAGGAUGGGCGAUGAGCCCUCUGCGGAGGAGAUUAUCGACCUCAAAAGAAGACUGUUGUGUUUGCCGGAUUCUCCCUCGGGUUUUCGUAGAGUUGCCUGGAGCGUAUGGCGAGUAGACGACAUGCUGUUUCAAAGGCGUUCGUGA